GUGUGUGUGUGCGUGUGUCGUGUAAAGGCUGUGUUGGUCCGCCAGAGGGCGCCAGCGCGGGUUCAUUAUAUUUAUCAUUUGCACUCAGGAGCUGUGAUGUCUGCGCAGGCGUGAUGGUUUAGCGCAGCGGUCAGCCGCGGCCGAGCGUGGGAUGUUACGCUGGACGGUGCACCUGGAGGGUGGCCCGCGGAGGGUCAAUCAUGCGGCGGUGGCGGUCGGACACAAGGUCUACUCGUUCGGAGGAUACUGCUCUGGAGAAGACUACGAGACCUUGAGACAGAUUGACGUGCACGUCUUCAACACGGUGUCUCUGCGCUGGACGAAGCUGCCGCCGGUGCGGACCGGAGGAAGGGAACACGCUCGGGAAGUGCCCUACAUGCGCUACGGACACACGGCGGUGCUGGUGGACGAGACCAUCUACAUCUGGGGUGGCCGGAACGACACCGAGGGCGCGUGCAACGUGCUGUACGCCUUCGACGUCUGUCAGCACCGAUGGUUCACGCCCAAGAUCUCGGGGUCGGUCCCGGGCGCCAGAGACGGACACUCGGCCUGUGUUCUGGGAAAGGCCAUGUACAUCUUCGGUGGAUACGAGCAGCUGGCCGACUGCUUCUCCAAUGAGAUUCACAAGCUGGACACCAGCAGCAUGUGCUGGUCACUAGUGAGCGCCCGGGGCACGCCGGCUCGAUGGAGAGACUUCCACUCAGCUACCAUCAUCGGCACCAAGAUGUUUGUGUUUGGAGGAAGAGCGGAUCGAUUCGGCCCGUUCCACUCCAACAACGAGAUCUACUGCAAUAAAAUCAAGAUCUUUGACACGGAGACCAACUGCUGGCUCAACACACCGACUGCACAGCUGCUGCCCGAGGGACGCAGGAGCCAUUCUGCCUUUGCCUACAAUGGAGAAUUGUACAUAUUCGGUGGUUAUAAUGCUCGUCUGGAUCGACACUUCAACGACCUCUGGAAGUUCAAUCCAGAGGCCUUCUCCUGGAAGAAGGUGGAGCCGAAGGGCAAAGGGCCGUGUCCCAGACGCAGACAGUGCUGCUGUAUGGUGGGAGAUCGCAUCAUCCUCUUCGGAGGAACCAGUCCGUGUCCGGAGCAGGGGAUGGGAGACGAGUUUAACCUCAUGGACCAUUCGGACCUGUACAUCCUGGACUUCAGUCCUAAUCUGAAGACUUUAUGCAAGCUAGCAGUUAUUCAGUACAGUCUGGAGCAGUCAGGACUCCCUCAUGACAUCAGGUGGGAGCUGACCGCUAUGACCACUAACAGUAACAUCAGCCGGCCCAUAUUCUCCUCUCACGGCUGACAGCAGAACCCUCUCCAGAACCCUCUCCGGACUCCCGCUCCACAGAUGAUUGACUUUCACCCGUUUGGAUCUGGAUUGCACUUCUGGAUCAGAAAGGCCGUUCCCGGCUGGGUUUUGCUGCUGUUGAACUUGAUUCCUGCUGCGGAGAAACGGACCGACACAAUCUCAAAUCAGUCCAAUUAUUCAUCAGUGUUACGGUGUUUUAAUGAGGUUUUGGAGUGAAAUGAAGAUCAUUUAACCUGUAAUCUGUCAUUUCUCUGUUUGUGUUCAGAUCGCUCCGUCGGGUUUAUAUGCAAGACUUUGGUUACGGUUCCACUCGUGCUCUUACAUAUCGAACACAGAGAUGAUCUUCAGAGAAGACUGGACUGGUUUUCUGUUUACCCACAGUGCUUCUGACAAUAAAACCUGACUCAACAAUCAAUAGAAAUGGAAAUAUUCCCUCUGCAUGCGUGCGUUCUGUCACACCGCGUUCGCUGACAGACUGUCUUAGAUCUCAAAGAGCGGGACAAAACAAAUGAUGUUGUAAAGUUUUCAGAAAAGGUUAGAAUGUUUUCUCAUUUACUCAAUCACACAGAAGAUCAACACGGUCAAAUAAACUGCCUCUGGUGUUUCUGGGCUGAAUCUCGUGUCCAGUUUCUCCAGAUUCACAUCUUUCACACAGUCUGGCUUUUCCGAGACGUCUUAAAAAUCAGAUCCAUUACUGCUGUUUCUUAACACCACUUUAUAUUUCAUCUGAAUCGUUGAUAUCGAGAGGUUAUGGUGCCAAAGCUGCGGGUGAAGCGCUCACAGACGCUCCUGCGGAUCAGAAUUCGCUCGGUUUUAUUUGCGUCCGCAGGAUCUGUGUGUCUCGUCCGGUGCCUGAUCAACUUCUUCAGAACUUCAGAAGGUCUGGAAUCAAAGUCAUCAAAAUCUUUUGGGUUUCAAAGGCUUCUGGUCUGGAUGCAUUUGAAGCAUCUGACUAGAUAUUUGAUUCCUUGUGUUUGAAUAUCUCACAUUAAACGGUCAUAAUGAAUAUUGUGCAAACGGAGCGCGUCAGAAAAUUCAACCGUCCUCAGUCUCCCUCAUUAUAAAUAAUGAUUUGAUGAAAGUGACUCAAAACAGUCUCAAAAUGAAAGCUCAAGUGCAUUUUCUGAAUGAUCUGUAGCUUGAAAUAGGAAUGUUGAAAUAGUCAUUUAAUCCCUCAGACAUUGCUUUCAUGGCUAACAGACACAUGCUACGAUAGACGUGUGUUAUAUGUAGUGAACGAGAGGAAGGCACUAUUCUUUAUGUUCUGAUUGGCCAAUUACUUCUCGAGUGUAAAUGCUGGGAUUCAUGUGUGAAGGAGCGUUUGGAAACGUGAUUCCUGGCUGGUGGAUGAAUCUUUUUCCACGAAUUACAAACGGGUUUUUAGUGGGAUCUUGAAUUUCUUAAACAAUAAAACUGAUGAUAAUUUUG